UUGGUAGUCCUGUGCGCAUCAUAUGACUUUGACACUUCUGAAUCCUAACUUGCUUGAGUUGGAUCGAUUUUACAAUAAUUUUAGUGUUAGUGAGGUGAUUUUUUGCUAAAAUCGGGUGAAAAUGGGUGCGUCUGCUCUUCCUUUCAUCGUAUUCACCGUGCUGUGGGGCGGCGUUGGGAUUGUGUUGCCCAUAAUUGUCCCCAAAGGGCCUAACCGAGGGAUUAUUCAAGUCAUUUUGAUGCUGACGGGGGUGUGCUGUUGGCUGUUCUGGUUGUGCUGUUAUGUCGCUCAAAUGAACCCUCUAAUUGGGCCCAGACUAGACAAACAUACUCUGCUGGUGAUGGCAAAAGAAUGGGGCAACCCACUCAAAUAAACUUGAGAAACCGUCAUUCCACGUUUAAUUUUUAAAUCAUUUAUCUGUGUACAUAAAAGUUGAAUUUUACCCCUUUGUUAAGAUAUUAAAAUAGAUGUAAUUUAUUAGUCGCGCUCGCUGGAAAUAAAUCGGUGUCUACA